AUGCAAUUACUUGGUAUUCCAUCUAAAAAAGUCAAAUUUGAAAUUUAAGCAUUUUUUAUCUAAAAAAUUACUGGAAAUUAAAUUUUAAUUGGCUAAAAGAUUUAUAAUGUAUAUGUUAGUUUUAGAAAAUGCGAAGUAGGAGAAAUUUAUGUAAAAAUUUCAGACAUAAAAUAUGAAUGUUCUCCUUGUGGUGAUAAAUAUUAUUCAUUACAAAAUCCUAUAAAAGAUUCUAAUUAAGCUUGUAAGUCUUGUCCUGAAGAAGGAGCAGUAAGCUGCAUCAACAGUAAAAUUGUUUUAUAAAGUGGAUAUUGGAGGAAAAAUAACUUUAGUGAUAUAAUUAUCAAAUGUGCAAACAGACAAGAAAAUUGCCAUGGAAAAGAAUAAGAUGGAUAUUGUAUUGAAGGAUAUAUAGGACCUCUUUGUGAGGUUUGUGAUAGCUAUGGAGUUGUUUGGGGGAAAAAAUAUGGUUAUUUAGGAAACUAUUUAUGCAAUUAAUAUGUUGCUUCUAAAUAAAUUAUAUGCUAAACAUUAAGAAGGCUUAAUGUACUAAUUAUAGGUAAGACUGGUGAAAAAGAUUAGAUUUCUUUUUAUAUCAAGCUUUUCAUCAACUAUGUAUAAGUCACAUCAAUAAUCUAAAAUUCGAUUUUCAACUUUUUUGAUAUUACAUUUAUAGACAUUUCAAGUAUAUUUGGUAGCCCUUCGUCUUAUCUGAGUAACUCACUAGAUUGCUUUUUUUCUUAAACGAAUAUUUUACCCAUAGAAUACCUUAGAGGUAUUUGGGUAUCUAUCUAACCAUUUUUCUAUAUUUUAGUAGCAAUUGUAUUGUUUACGUUAAGUAGUACUACAAAAUUGAAUUAGUAAAAGAGAAGAAGAUUCUUUUAUGCAGCUUACAUAUUUGGAUUUAUAGCUUUUUAAUGUAAUACUGCUACUCAGCUUGUUUUAAUUAUGUCAUGUUCUUAAAUUGGUGAUGUAUAUUAUAUUAAAUCUUAGUUGAACAAAGAAUGCUAUACCUAGGAGCACUUAAAAUACACUCUUUAUUUCAUAUUACCUUUAUUUUUGUUUUGGGUAAUUAUAAUCACAUUAUUCAUUUUAUGGAGAAUAAGAAUCAAAAGAAAUAAAUUAACAGAGCCAAUAUAGCUUUAUAAAUAUGGAUUCAUUUGCGGAGAUUAUAAAACAGAAUACUUCUAUUGGGAAUUUCUGAGGAUUCUUUUAAGGCUUAGCAUAGUGCUAGUGGGAAAUAUCUUUGCUGAGAACCUUUUAAUAUUGAAAUCGAAUUUUGCUGUUUUAAUGAUUCAAAUUUAUAAUUAUCACUUGAUAAAACUGAGUCCAUAUAUAAAUAAAAAUUCUCUAAAAAUCGACUAUUACUUCAAUUAAUGCAUUUGCUUGCUCUUCCUUCUAAACCCAAUAUCAUAUUAUACUUCAAAUGUUGCUAUAUACUAAACAGCUUAUAUAGCUUAAUUUAUCAUAAAUUUAAUUUGUUAUGCCAUGUUUUUGUUAAUGGUAAUAGGAUUUGUUGUUAACAAAAACGAGAAAAUAAAUAAAUAUUUGACUUAACAAAUUCCUUUCUUGAACCGUUUUUUACAAAAGCCUUUUGUAAGCUUUAAAAGAUUUUAGCUAUGGAAAAAAGUGAAGAAACACUUUGAUAAAUAUAAAAAAGUCAAAAAAGAUGCAUAAUAAACUAAAAAAAACAGUCUUAGAUCUAUUUAACCAAAAAUUUCAUUGGGUAUAAAUGAAAAAUAACCUCAUGAUAAUAAUCAAAAUACUAUCGAUCUUGAUUUUAAUACUCCUAAGAAUUCAGAAAAAGCCUUUAUUAAUUUGAAGAGCUCACCUGAUUUUUAUAAAUCUGUUUAAAAUAUGAAAAGCUUAAAUAGCUCUUUAUAAUCUCCAAUCCAUUCAACUAGACACAUUAUGCCUUCUUACUAAAAAAGCAAUUUUAAAAAUUUAUAAAAAUAAGAAUAAAAUAAAUCCUCAAUCAGCAAUCAAAUUGUUGGAGAACUAGAGCAAAAACCAAGUUAAAAGGAAAUUGAAGAUAAAAAGGAAGCUUAAAGAGCUCUUAUAAAAGAUGAAAGAUGA